CUACUGAAAUUAUGUGAAUGUGUGACUUUGAAUAAUAAUAUGAAUGUGAAAGGUGAAACGGCACAGCUUCAAAUGUAGUUCAGCAUGGAAAUACUACAUAGAAAAUGUUGUGUUUGGAUAGAGUUUGGAGAGAGAGUUUAUCGCUGACAUUUUAAAAUUACGCAACAUGGUUCAACAUGUUUGUUUUACUGUCGGUCUUCUCCCUAUGAUCCCUUGUUUGCCAGUGUGUGUGCCAUAAAUAGAAAAGGGAGGAUUAACUGAAACCACUACAGGACCAAAGAUUGCCUUACUCCCUUUAGAAAAUGCUACCGUGCCUUUUCACAAGCAGAUCAUGCAAAGAGGGCCGACAUAUUGACCAAAUGCUUCCUGAAACCCAAAACAACAUCUCUACAAUCAUUCUUCUGUUGAAAGCAAAUUGAGUUUGACGAGUUUUUCAUCAGGCCAAUCUAUUUUUUAUUAUCAGUAUUUUCUCCGGGAUAACUGAACGUUAUGGUUUGGUGAUCAAUAUAAUUAAAAAGUAUUGUUUUUAAAGACAAUAUGGAUCGGGGUACAAUACAUUUGCCUCACCGGAAGAGUAGUUUUCACAGUAAUGACAACAUGACAGUAUUGUAACAGUAGUGGAAAGAUUUCAUCAAGAAAUAACUGCUCCACUGUUUACCAUGUCCCCCUAUACUGCAAUAACUCAACAAGAAAAUGGAGUUUUAAAUUCCACCUCUGUGAGAAUUUUGGCCUAUUGUGUUUUUAAUGUGGUUAAAUCACACAGGCUGAAUCCAGAUAUGUGAAAUAAUAUAAAUGUUUUUGUUUUUAAUCUGUUUAAUUUUAUUCAAAAAGCGAAAUCUCAACAACGUACGUAACGGUAUUGUAGCAUUUUGAAAAGUAUCUGACAUGAUACUGCAGAGUAGCAGCAAGUUAGUAUGUUCAUUUUACAAAAUAGUACAAUACCGUAUUGAUUAAAGUCACACAUGAACCCUGAACAUGUGAACUCACGCCAGUAACUCAGUAAACUCCAGAGAGAACAUUGUGAUAAACUCCUCAAAUUUACAAUAACUGCAUUUGUGAUACAUGACUUGAAAUUGUGAGUGUUCACAUUGUUUUUCUUAAUCAAAUUAAUCUAUUUUUAUCAGUUUCUUAUCCUGGAGAGAGACAUCUCUCUGCUCCUUGACUUGAUCGGUUAAAGACACGUUAUUUAUUCAACUUAUCUCAGUCAUUGUUUUGUUUGUGUCAGUUCCUCCAUGUUUAUUAUUUAUAAGUUAAUCAAUUGCACCCUUUGUCAGAUCAUUAUAUGUGUUUAAAGUUUCACAGGACAACUGGAAUCCACCAAUCAAUUAUCAAACCAAUUAAUUUAAACAGUCUUAUUUGGAGACUAUUGAUCAGGAACACAUGAUUAUUUAACAGCAAGACAGAUUUCAACAAUAAGCUGUGUGCCCCCUUUUUAACAAUUAAUACAAAUCAAUAUUUGACCCUCUCAGCUGCUGAUAUGUCACUGAGGAAAUGCAUUUCAAAAUUAUAUUUCUUCUUUUGGUGGUUAGCUCCGCCCACGCUUCUUAAAUCCAGCCCGGACGGCCCGGUGUUAAUAACGAGCGCACCAUUGAUCCACUGACAGGAGUAAGGGAAGCAAAAGUGCUAUUUCUUUAACAGGAGGAGUGGAGACAGUGUCAGUGCCAGACUAUAUGCAUCUGUGGAUUACAACAAUAUUGCACUCAGCGAAAUAAAAAAGAAAAUAGAAUUAACUAGAAAUAGAAAAAAAAAUGCAGAGGUUUUAUUUGUCAUACAAAUAAAUGUGUAGUGAAAUGCAAGAUGGCAUAGCCUAAGUAGGCCAUUUAUUUAUUUAUUUAUGUAGCUUUUUAUUUAUUUUGAUUAAGUCAAUUAUUUUUUGUAUAUUACAAGUUUUCUGAAAUGUUAUGUUUAAAUAUACAAAAGAGGCAUUAUUAUCUAACGAUAGAUCUUUGUGAAUUUAGGAGAAAUCUACAGACACAAUAGAAAAGUGUAUAAUAAACCCCUGAAUGUGUAUUUUGGAUGUUUUCUCUCCACUAGUCUGAAAGCAGACUUCUGUUAUAGAAGCCAAAUAGCCCCAAAUUUCAAAAUUUACCUGUGCAUGAAAAAAACAAUAUUUUUGUCUGUAGUGUCUUGCCUUAAAAUGUACAUAAUGUCAUAUUGUAUGUAACUAUAGUAGUGUGCAUAUCAUCAUGUCGUGUUUUUUAUACCCACCCCCCACAGGAAAAAAAUACAUUUUUUUCAAAACAAAUAAAGAACAAAUUUAAAACAUAAAUAAAUAAAAAAGAAUAAAUAUAAAAGUAAAACGAACAGUAGAAUUACUACAUAAACCACAGCAUGGACACCACCUGGAUGAUUAUCUGUAAAGGCUAGACUUUCAAAUGGGGAGAAGUCCCACUUUCAUUUUCAACAAAAGCAAAUUAAUAAAUAUACAGAGAGCAAUAAAACCAGCUCCGAAAAUCAUUGUUUUACUUUUUUAUUUAUUUAUUUUAAAAAAAAAAAAAAAAAAUGUUGACCUACACUUUGUGUUAAAUGUUUUUGUCUGAUCAAUAGUAGUGAGGCUAAACUUGUAGAUUAUAUUAUUAUGUGAUCAGUGGGGGGGCAUUGCUGGAAGCACAUAAUCCAGAGUUUUAGUUUCUCUGUGUCCUUUUUUAAGGGUUUGUCAGUUCUUCCCUGUUCCUCUGGAGGUCCUGAGGAGGAGAAGUUAGCGGCUAUAGCUCGCUCUCUGUCUCGAGUGUCCUGGGUGUCAAUAACGAGCGCUCCCUUCGUCAGCUGAUAGGAAUAGUAGCCUAGAAUGUCUUCUGGGAAUAAGUAUGAGACAUAUGAAGACGCGUUAACCGAAAGUGACUUUUCAUUUCAGAGAACUUAGUAGUCAUUUACUAAGUUAAAGAUUAUAGGAAACACUGCAGCUGUUUUUACCUCACUUUAUACCAAGUGUCUUAAUCUCGAUCCGCACUUCCGUGUUGUGUGUUAUCGGAUAUAUAAACAACUGUGGCCAUAAUCGUGGUAUUGUAGCUCUAUAAGCUGCUACAGACAGGUGAGUCUUCAUGGGUGCAACUCACAGCUCUGGUUCAGCCUCAAGUCGGGAUGUGUCUUCAGCUGCAGGACCACUGGGAUCACUGGGAGAUUCCUUCCCUAUUCCUCUGGAGAUCCUGGAGGAGAUCUUCCUGAAUCUUCCUCCCCAUCAGGUGGUUCUUGUUUGCCGGUUAGUGUGCCAUCCAUGGAAAGAAGUGGCUGACAGCGAGUCUCUGUGGAGGCACAGAUGCAGAAGAGAAAGAUAUCGCCUCCGCGAUGCUUCCAAAAUACCCACAGACUGGAGGUUGUUUUACUUCUUGUGCAAGAAGAGAAGAAAUCUCCUCAAGAAUCCAAGAGGAGAACAAGACCUGAGCGGCUGGCAGAUUUUGGAGAGUGGUGGUGAUGGAUGGGCAGUACACGAUCUUAGAGUGCCGCAUCCAAAUGAGACAGUUCAGAGAAACUUUGUGACGUCUUACGGAAUGUGCAAGAAGUCGCAGUUGAUUGAUUUGGAGAAAGAAGGUUACAACCCAUCGUUUAUGGAUCACUUCCAGCCAGACAUCAAAAUAUCUGAUUGGUAUUCACCAAGAUCAGAUUGUGGCAGUAAAUACGUGAUCUGUGUAGAGCUGAUGAAUCAGAGAAAGCAGCCUGUCCAGACGUUCGCUCCUGAGACUGUUCACUUUGAGCAGUGGAAUGAAGAGAGAUGGAAUCAGAUGACCCAUGUAUUCCAUAACUACGGACCAGGAGUGAGAUACAUCUGUUUUAUCCACGGAGGAAGGGACUCUCUGUUCUGGGCAGGAUGGUAUGGAAUUCGCCUUACCGACAGCUGUGUGGAGAUAUGUCCAGCGAUGGACACAUAGCUCUUUGGGAUUCAUCCUGCUUCCUGCCUUUUCCUGAAAUUGCACCUCUUAGUUGCCUUAUAUAAUAUGCAAUAAUUUGACAUGUAACAAGAAUGUUUCUGUGUCUGCUGUUGCAUGACAAUCGAUCAGCCGUACUGCAAAACAGCCUAGCUGAUGUUUCACUAACAAAGACCACGCCGAUAAGGGUUUGGGUUUGGAAUAGUUUAUCACAUAUUGAAGAUGGAGGGGAGCAAUGAUGAUAUAGGAGGAAUGGGUUAAGAAGGAGGAUGAGGGAUAAAGGGAUGAGGGGAUAAGGGUUGAGGGAUUAGGG